GACUUGCAUGUUUCUCCAUAGCGUUUGUUUGUGUGCGUGUGAGGAUGUGCUCUUCCGGCUUUAUGUGCAUUAUUAAUUCUUGUAUAUUAUGGCUGAAAAAGAGUUUGUCCUUUCAAAGGGGCUUAACUAAGGGAACAUCCAGAGAUGAAGGGUGGAUUGCAUAUACUGGGUAAUGUAGCAUUGAGCUGGAUAAUGCCUGAUAUGUCUAUUGUCUAUUUCUCUUUAUGCUAGGCCUCAGCUCUGCCAAUACAUUCAUACUUUGUGUUUGUUAUUCUCAUUUUCUUCAUCAUGUUCACCUUUUUUUUUCUCUUCAAUGCUUUGUGUACCCCUCACCAUGAUCUAACAGCCCGAGCUGGCCCAUAUUUGUGGAUCGUGCAGAUGUGAGAGGAGGGAAUGGAUUCUGGCCGCAGUGCACCCAUCCAUUUUAAUAAAGCAGCAGCUGUGGCUGCCGCUGCUAACCCAGCUAGCAACUCUGAGCCCACCCACCCCCAUCCCAACCCCCAUUCCUCGGUCUUUUGUCUCCCUGCAGAAGCUUUGCGCUGUGCAGUGAAUGCACACUCAUGUCUGUCGUAUGCAUCACAUCUUUUCCAUACAUAAACACCCCCGUGAACUGCCCUUAUAAACACCCAUUCAUCUGAAGUCUCUGGUAGUGGCUGGUAUUUCAGCUCACUAAAUGGCACUUGUUCAUUUAGCAUGAUCCAGAAGGUUAUUUGUUAGACCGCUCAUGGAAAUGAAAUGGCAUCUGACGUGGGAGAUCUGGCGAGUCAUUCUGUCAUUUGUGUUGGCUAUUCAGAACCCAAGCAUUAUCAUUGACACUUAGGGUUGUGUAUCCCAGUAAAAGGACACUGUUGUUAUUCCGUCAUAUCCUAUAAGCUCAUUUGUGUUUGAACUCUUUUUGUGUGCCUUUGUGUGAUCAGUUUUUUCUUCCCCGGUGUGAGGAACAGGGCAACCGGUGCUGCAUUGUUGACUGACGUGAUUAGUCAGAAAGAUCUGUUCAUUCAAACAUUUACUUUUCCUAUAUCAUUCAUCAGCAAUGAAAUUAAAAUGAUGAAGCUUGUAUUGACUUGAUUUCAAGCAGCACAUUUUUAUUUGUACCAUGACGGCCAGAGACAUUGGUGAUUUGGUCAAGCAUGUAAGAACACUCAGGUACUGCAUGUGGAUACCAAGCUGCUUCAUUUGUGUGUGUAUCUGUGUGCAGACAGAAUGUGACACAAGUUAAUAUAAUAUCCUUAUAUUAUUUGACAUUAGCUUUAGAAAUGCUCUUUCAGGAGUAGGUGUGCUAUAUGAUGGCUAUAAAUGAAGUAUGACUGUACAUUAAUGGGUUUUCCUUAAGUAAAUAUUUAGAGGGGCUUGAAAGAUUGUAGCUAUUUAGACAUGCUCUUGCCUUGACAUGGUUGUUCUUCUUGUCAGACAGUAGGUUUAGUAUUGAAUGCUAAGUAGCUACAUUGAAUAGGAACAAGAGAUGAGAACUAGUGAGUUUGUUUUGAAAUGGUGCUUCUUUGUGCAUCAUAUUCAAAGGUAUCUGACUAUUAUUGGAAACACACAGCCAUGUAGAUUUAAAGUCAGGAGUUGCAUAGUGAUGAUUUUCUAAAGUGCCAAUAAUAAUAAUUCAGUGUUUAGAUUUAGAUUAAGAAGACAGUAGGUCUGUAACAACAAAUGGAUGGAACUAUGCAUCGUAUGAGUAUUUCGCACCAGCACUUCACCCCAGAGUGCAAUAUGCAGAGUGCUUAAUGCAAUUUAGUAUCACACAAAAUGUUAAAAUGAAAUGUCUUUUCAUAGUUAAUAACUGUAUCUACCACCGUAGGUAGUUCCUGUAUCUUUGUCCCUAUAUUAACAAGAGUUCAUUGAAAGUCACAUUCCUGAAAGAGACAUUAGUAUGAGAUUAUUUAAGCAGUCAAACAGUCAAAUGGUUGCCAGUGAAAUCCAAAUGAUACUCCUAUGAUACCAAAUUAACUAAUUGUUUCCCAGGUGGGCAUAUAUUUUCCACAAGGACAGAAGGGAUAGUUUGGAUUUGAAGUAUUAAGAAAUUCAGAGACAGUUUCUCUUAAUGGUUUUUGGAUGGUCAUGUCAAAGGUUCGUGACUCUUUUGAAUGUGAUAAUCUUUUAUAAUGAUCUAGUGAUAUAAUAAUAUAGGAAGUCAUGGAUGACCCAGAUGGAGUGUUACAGUUUAGCAGUAUGCUCUUUAACAUUCUGAACUGAGGAUUUGGGUGGGGGGUGUAAUGCCUUUACUAAGUAUAAUGAACCAUGCUGCUAUAAUAAAACCUUUUAUAAUAAAGUAUUUUUUAUAUAAUAAUAUAUAUAAUACAUCCUUUACUAUUUGGAAUGAGACAGAGCAUGCUUGAAUGUCUCAUAAAACUUCUAAUUUCUGUGCCACUAUAUUAUGAAUUCUAGUUUGGCCCAGCAUAUUUCCUCCACCCAUUCCAGAUGUAUGACACUGUAAGGUUACCGAGUGCUCCUCAGUGAGAAGGACACGGCUUUUCACAGCAUUGUGUGAAGAUCAUGGGCGAUAUGAAAACCCCAGACUUUGACGACCUGCUUGCGGCCUUUGAUAUCCCUGACAUGGUUGACCCAAAGGCAGCCAUUGAAUCAGGACACGAUGACCACGAGGGACAGCUGAAGCACCACGUUCACCAUGACGAUGAUAACCAGAUUCCGUCUGCCCCUUCUGUCAGUGUUAUUGUCAAAAAUGUCCGAAGUAUUGACCCCAGUGAGCACCCACUGUCAGACAAAGAUGUGCAUCCUACAGUUGGCAAUGGUUUGCAAAAUGGUUUCCUGGGCCUGUGCUCCAGUGACCGUUACAGCAAAGAUGGUGGGAAGCCUUUGAAGACAGACAGCCAUGGACCUCUGGCCAACGACUCCUCUUUCAACCAGUUCAGCCCCAUCUCCAGUGCCGAGGAGUUUGAUGAUGAUGAUAAAAUUGAGGUGGAUGACCCAGCAGACAGACAGAAUAACCUUCCAUGCUUUAGGCCAAACCCCUUAACUGGACUGAUUGGAGAUGGUGUUUCAAAACCAGGCUCUAAUGUAAACUUUGUAAAUUCAAAACUUAAAAAUGGCAACAGUAGUAACAGUUCCUUGGCCUCACACCCUCAGACCCCUUCCAAACCAAGAAAAUCAGAGGAACAGUUGAAGGAGGUUGGUCCGAAGCCCUUUGAGGUUAAAGAAACAUCAGAACCUAUAGCUUUGAGUGUGUGCAAUCUCUCUCAAGCCAAAGCCAAAUCGUCAGCUAAGCUCUCGUCCUGCAUUGCAGCAAUCGCAGCUCUCAGUGCAAAGAAAGCCUCCUCAGAUUCUCCUGUUUCAGAGUUCCCUACCGCCCUACCAGAUUCCACCAAGGAAAGCAAGGAGAGUCCCAAAACCCCAGAGAAGCCCCUGGAGCAGGAGUCGGCCCUAGAGGUAGCCCGGAAAAUGCUCUCCCAACAGCCCGAAAGUCCUUGCAGCAUCACGAGUGAGGGCAGUAGUAAAGGGUCCCCAUCAUCCCCAGCAGGGUCCAUUCCCGUCAUCCCAAAGGUCAGAAUCAAAACCAUCAAGACAUCAUCAGGCCAGAUCAAGAGAACAGUCACCCGAGUGCUGCCAGAGUUUGACCCUGAGGGCUUGAAGAAAGUAACAGACUCGAUUGUUGUUUCCAGUCUGUCCUCUCCAAUUUCCGGUGCAGUGUUUUCAUCUCCAACUCGCGCGGCAUUACCUACCACAGUUGUGGCAACUACAGGCGGCUCAACCAUGGAGGUCACCAAGCAGAUGACCAUCAAACCUGUGGCCACAGCUUUCCUGCCAGUGUCAGCGGUCAAAACAGUUGGCUCUCAGGUGAUCAACCUGAAGUUGGCUAACAACACCACGGUGAAGGCCACUGUCAUCCCUGCUGCUUCAAUGCAGAGUGCCAGCAGUGCCAUCUUGAAAGCUGCCAAUGCAAUCCAGCAGCAGACGGUGAUGGUGCCUGCUUCCAGUUUGGCAAAUGCCAAACUUGUGCCAAAGACACUCCACCUCACCAACCUCAACCUGCUUCCACAGGCCUCUGCCACCCCAUCUGAGCUUCACCAAGUCCUCUCCAAGGCCCAGCAGCCCAUCAAACAGGCCAUCGUGCUUAGCCAGGCCCCAAAGAAGGUGUCUCGGGUGCAGGUGCUGGCCAGCUCUCAGAGUUCAGUUGUGGAAGCAUUCAACAAAGUGCUUAGUAGCAUCAACCCAGUACCAGUGUAUGUUCCCAACCUCAGCCCUCCCUCAGCUGCCUGUAUAUCUAUCCCGUCACGGGGCUACAAGUGCCUCGAGUGUGGCGACUCCUUUGCCCUGGAGAAGAGCCUGACCCAACACUACGACCGGCGCAGUGUACGCAUCGAGGUCACCUGCAACCACUGCAACAGGAACUUGGUUUUUUACAACAAGUGCAGUCUGCUGUCCCACGCCCGGGGUCACAAGGACAAGGGUGUGGUGAUGCAGUGCUCUCACCUCAUCCUGAAGCCCAUCCCUGCAGAUCAGAUGAUCUCAUCCUCACUGUUGCCCUCCUCUUCUCCUUCUCUGUCCUCCACCAAUGUCUCAGCAGGGGCCCUCAGCUCCUCUGUGGGCAGCUCCCAGGGGAAGUCUACCCUGUCCACCGUAAUAUCUGCCCCCGCCUCCGCACCACUAGUGGCGGCCAUGCCCCUGGAUGAGGAUGCUUCCAGACUUUGCAGACACAACCUCAAAUGUCUGGAGUGUAGUGAGAUGUUUCAGGAGGAGUCAGCACUGGCCAUGCACUACCAACAGGGAUCGGAGUCAAGCGCUCAGAAGACCUGCACCAUCUGUCAAAUGCUGCUGCCCAACCACUGCAGUUUUGCAUCUCACCAGCGCAUCCACCAGCACAAGUCCCCAUACAUCUGCCCCGAGUGUGGAGCCAUCUGUCGUUCGGUGCACUUCCAGUCCCAUGUCACCAAGAACUGCCUUCACUACACCCGCAGAGUUGGCUACCGAUGUGUUCAUUGCAGUGUUAUCUUUGCGGAUAUAUCUGCCCUGAAAUCUCACAUUCAGGGCUCUCAUUGUGAAAUCUUCUAUAAAUGCCCCAUCUGCCCCAUGGCCUUCAAAUCUGCACCAGGCACUCACUCCCAUGCCUACACCCAACACCCAGGGGUGAAAAUUGGAGAGCCCAAGUUAAUCUACAAAUGCUCCAUGUGUGACACCGUCUUCACCCAGCAGACCCUCCUGUACACCCACUUCGACCAGCACAUAGCCAGCCAGAGGGUGUCUGUCUUUAAGUGCCCCGACUGCUCAAUGCACUACGCCCAGAAGCAGCUCAUGGUGGACCACAUAAAGUCCGUACAUGGCACUUUAAAGACCAUCGAGGGGCCUCCGAACCUGGGGAUCAACCUACCGCUGAGUACCAAGGCUACGAACUCCAUGGGCCCCAAUGCUAACCACAGGGACCUGGGCUCCCUCAAUGGCCUGGAGAGGGGAGAGAAGAAGCCUGUGUCUCCACUGAAAAAGACCAGCAAUGGCACAGAAAGCUUAAAGAAGCCUCCAAACCCUGGCUGGACCUGUCAUGACUGCGCUCAGCUCUUCACCCAGAGAGAGAUCUACAUCACUCACAUGAAGAAGGAACACGGCAAGCAACUAAAGAAACAUCCAUGCAGGCUGUGUGAUAAGUCCUUCAGCUCCUCCCACAGCCUAUGCCGACACAACCGCAUCAAACACAAAGGCCUCCGCAAGGUCUACUCCUGCCCGCAUUGCCCAGAGGCCAGCCGCACUUUCACCAAACGGCUGAUGCUGGAGAAGCACAUUCAGCUCGUGCACAACGUCAAACACGAGGAGGGGAAGCCAGCGGGAGAGGUCACGACCGCCGAGGUCAAAGCAGACAAGCGCCUGUCCCAGGUGCCCAGCCCUAAACGCAAGCAGCAGCCUGCAGAAGAGGCCAAGCCGCCGCCGGGGGAGAAAGCUGGAGGCCGGGGGGAGGAGGGGGAGGGGCGGGCCUGCAGGGAAGGCUCAGGAGGACAGCCGCUGAAGAAGCUGAAAGUGAGCGUGUGCAAGGUGCACCGCUGCGGCGUGUGCAACUUCAGCACGGAGGACUUGGUGAGCUUCCACGAGCACAUCCCCCAGCACCGCUCCGACGGCUCGUCCUUCCAGUGCCGCGAGUGUGGCCUCUGCUACACCUCGCACCCCUCCAUGGCCCGCCACCUCUUCAUCGUGCACAAGCUCAAGGAGCCAGCAGGUCUGGGUCGCCGCAGAUCCACCCCGGGCCAGCAGGAGGCCCCAGAGGCCGCGGCGGGGGCGUCCGGUACGUCUUGUAAAGUGUGCAGGAGGACUUUUGAGACAGAGGGUGCCCUGAAAACGCACAUGAGAACACAUGGUAUGGCCUUUAUCCGUUCCAAGAGGCUAGGGGCAGCAGAAAAGUGACUGGACGUACUCCUACCUGUCCAUCCCUAGCCAAGGCCCUCUGCCGACCUUUGAACUCGAAACGACAAAAAGUGGAUGUUCUUUGCCCUUCUCCCACUACCCCCAGAGAUGUACACAUAAAUGUAUAUGACAAAUGUAUAGAUAUAUCACACACAAAAAUUCCUUUGUGUGUUUUAAAAAUAUGUAAUAUAUUUAAAAAGAAA